CGGGACGUCCACUGUCACGCCUUCCUGCCCAUAACCGGAAACAUUUCUUAAGUUUGUCACAUUCCAAAUCAUCCACGACACCACAGCCGUUCACCAAUCGCCCAUCCACGUUUCCAUUUGAAGUGAAUUUUUUUCUCACAUUGAUAUACAUUAUUGUGCAAAAGAAUGGAGACAUUUUUUAAAAAGUUUCACUUGGUGCAUUAUUCAGCGACAAUCUUAAUAUGCAUUUGUGUAUGUGGAUAAAUGAUUUUAAUCAUUAAGUAAAUCUUCACUGGAAUUUGAUAUCAUUAAGACUAGUGACAUCAUUGUUGGACUAGAGGUGUCUAAACAUAUUCCUGUUAACAGAGUGUUUACAUUGUUAACAGUCAGGAUCACUGUAAAUUUUUCUGACUUAAAAAAUCUUCUGAAGUUGAGUCGAAAAUGGAAGCAGUCGAAAUCGAAAUGGUUCCCCUAGAUGAAGAUGAACCGCCCGCCCUUCCUCCAAAAGCUUCGUCGCUAAUGCAAGAACUGCCAAGUCGAAUGGCUCGCCAUACGACCAUGUCAGGGAUCACGAAUUCUCGCCGAAGAGGGACUCUGGCCAUCGGCGCAACUUCAGCUCUGAAGCGACGAGCUGGAAGGAAAAUGAAAUCACGAGCGCUGAGAAGGAACCAAGAGAUGGACACUUUGAAUGCCAUCUUCGAUGUCCAUCAACCAAACAUCGAUGAUUUCGAUGAAGACUUAUUGGAAUCUGUGGAUUUCAAGGCCGUACCGCUUCCGAUGGCACAGCGGAAAAGAUUCCGAGAUUCCAUGAAACUACAUGGCAUGGCUGAUGUCUCAAGGUGGAAAAUAUUCAAGAACAAAAUGAUCUCAAACUGGAAGAGAUUUCGCUCUGCAGGCCGAGAAAUAUUAUAUUCUCUAGGACUGUGGAGAGGUCAUUUAAAAGAAGUCGAGGGACAGUUCGGUAGCGGCGUGGUGUCGUAUUUUAGUUUCCUGCGCUGGCUUGUCUUCUUGAAUUUAUUCAUUUUCCUCCUGGAGUUUGGAUUUGUUGUUAUACCUACAGUCGCUAUAUGCAGUUCAGAUCCUCCUGUGAACAGUACUUUUAACUUCACUGGCUGUACUUAUGUAAAACCCAAGGUCGUUAGUAACGUGACUCAAACUACUAACACCGCCAAUGACAUCUUGAACUUUUUUAUAGGGGAGGGGUGGAUGAGAAGUACUUUGAUAUUCUAUAGUAAUUAUCCAUCGGAGCUACUAAUCUCUGCCGAGGGUUUUAGAUAUGACCUCCCAUUAGCGUACCUCUUGGCUGGCGGUGCUUACUUUGUCUUCGGAUUUUUUCUCAUGAUAACCAAUCUGAUGAGCAAUUUAAAAGAGAGUUACAUCGAGAGCGAGGGAGUAUUUAACUCUUACUCCAACAAGGUGUUUGCGGCGUGGGACUACUGCAUCGCAGAGAAUAAAUCAGCCGAGCAUCGACACAAGAUAAUUGCACAACAAAUCCACUACGACAUAUCAGAACAAGAACGAAAGAAAAGAAUCCUACUAAGGACUACUAAAGAGAAGAUUGCUCUCUACACAGCGCGAAUCCUUAUUAACCUAAUCGUUGUCCCAGCUGUGUGGUACGCCACCUUCUAUGUGGUUUUCCGCGCUAUUUUAUUCCAGGAAACAGAGUCAACUGAAAAGGGCAACAAGUCAGAGGUAGAGCAGAUGUUGGUGCGGUAUGGAUAUGAUCUGCUGAUAGCUCUAGCCAUAACAUUACCAAACCUUGUACUCCCCCUGUUUUUUGAAUUCUUGGCGAUUUUUGAGGACUGGAGCCCGGAUACAGAGCUUGCGUUGGACCUCUUGAGGAGGGUCUUUGUCAAGCUUCCACCUCUUGCAGUCCUGAUGUUCUUGCAGUACUUCAAAAUCUCCGAAAAGGUUAAGAAGCUCAAGGGCCAUGGAAAACCGGCUUGUGAAAGCUGUUGGGAGAAUGACAUUUCAUCGCAAAUGUACAUGCUUGUUUGGGUGGACUUUGUAGUCGUUGUAAUCACGACCUUAGGCGUGGAAACCCUGAGGAAAAUCUUAUUUCAUCGUUUUCGCUGCUUCAAAAAGAUCGGCAUGCAACAGUUUGACAUUCCUAGGAAUGUACUUGACCUCGUUUAUGGCCAGUGUUUGAUUCUCAUUGGAACAUUCUUCAGCCCUCUCCUUCCCGCAAUGGGUGUCAUCAAGCUUGCUGUUUUAUUCUACGUCAAGAAAGUUAGCUUGAUGUAUAAUAAUACUCUACCUGAACGAUCCUACCAGGGUGCCAAGUCUAACUUCACCUUCACACUCUUGCUGCUUUUCGGUUUCUUCAUGUGUACUGCUAUAGUGGGAUGGGCGGUGACCAAUGUUCCUCCCUCCACAUGUGGCCCAUUCAACAACGUUGCCUGUGAUGUGUCAACCAGCAUAUUCGACAAACUAUCCUUUGAAAUCUCUUCAUGGCCAUUGUUGAUCGACCAAGCUGUGUACUACAUGAGUACCGCUGCUUUCAUCCUGCCAGUUCUGAUUAUAUUCAUGGUGUGUCUGCAUUAUUAUUGGUCAGUGGCUAAAAGUCAUCGUCGGGUUAUUCGCCUGUUGAAAGACCACUUGGCCUAUGAAGCGAAGUUUAGACGAGCUUUGAUGAUGAAACUGGAACAAUCUAAUACUGAAAGACACGACAGCGCUGAGCAUGGCGUUAGUGAAGUUACUUUGGAAAUAGCGGAUUGAACGAAUUAAAGAGUGAGAACUGUUUAUUCAGGUAUUUAUAGUGCAGUUUUCGUAUGACUCUGAAAAGCUCAGUGCCGUGCCGUGACCGUGAUGUUUUCUAUAAUUUUGAUUGGCUGAUUUUUUUUCUCGCGCAAUGUGAUUGGUCUGAA